AUGAUGGAGUGGAUGAACCAAUGGGGUUUCAAGAUAAACGCAUCCAAAACGGUAGGAAUGGUCUUCACUCACAAAAAAUCACGCAACAUCACCAAACAGGUCUCACUAAAAAUUAACAAUACAGUCAUAAAAAUAACCCAGGCCACAAGGUUCCUAGGAGUCACACUUGACCCCAUGCUGACCUGGAACACACAUAUAGAAGGCAUAGCACAAAGCUGCAAGGGUAUGCUCAAUAUGAUGAGAUACCUAAAAGGUCACAGCUGGGGUGCCAGGACUGAGUGCCUGUUAACCUUCUACAAAUCGUUUGUAAGGGGCAAAAUAGACUAUGCCAGCAUAGUCUAUGACUCGGCCUCAAACUACUCAAAAAAAACCCUCGACAAAAUACAGAACCAGGCCCUUAACAUAAUUGCCGGUUGCAAUAGUAGUACCUCCAAAGAAGCCCUAGAGGUCCUCCUGGGAGUAAUCCCCCUCUCACUCCGCAGGAAGGAACUCAGGCUAAACUACUGGGCCAAAGUAAAACAUCAAAACCACCCAACCUCAGCGGCCUUCCUACCAGUGCUACCCAGGGCAUGGGGAAUCCCCAUUGGGAAAUUCAGCCCCCCCGCCAGCUGGAAAACACCGGGGGAACUGGAAUCCUGCAACCAAACCUCAAUCGCGGAUCAAAACUUAGUCAUCCACAAACCUAUAGUCCCCCCGUGGGAACUGACAUCCCCAUCAUUACACACAGACCUGCACAAUCAGAUAAAUAAAAAAGAGGACCCAGUAAUGGCCCGUAUUGAGGCUUCAAAUGAGAUAGAAAGGAUAACAGCCAACAGCCUAACCAUCUACACAGACGGAUCAAAAAUAAACGAGAAAGUUGGAGCAGGGUUCCACAUCCCCCACCUCAACCACUCCAAAAGCUUUAGGUUGACAGACGGCGCCUCCAUUUUCACUGCCGAGCUAACGGCCAUCCUUAUGGCCCUCGAGUACGCCCCAACAACCCCACAUACCAGCAUCAGCAUAUUAUCCGACUCCCUGUCAGCAUUACAGGCCAUUAAAGGGGGAGAAUGCUGCAGGGACGACAUUGCAGAAGAAAUUCUUCAUAAAUGCUCCGAGUGGAAACAAAGGGGUCGCUCGGUGCAAAUGAUCUGGAUUCCCUCCCAUAUCGGCAUACAAGGUAACGAGAAUGCCGACAAAGCUGCUAAAAAGGGAGUGGAAUCCAGAGCUAUUGUGAAAACGGGAAUAGGCUAUUCCGAAAUGAAGUAUCAUAAGAAGCAAGCGAUACAGUUUGUACUAAAUACAUUUACCUAA